UGUUUCUAAUAUCGAUCAGUUUCAUAGCUGUCAUAUUCAGUUUGGAUGUUGGAUUAGCUUUGCUAAAAGCGUGUUGCUCCUUACAUUUGAAUUGUAAGCUAGCGGUUCCAGUUCCAUUUUCGGACAGGCUGCACACUUUUAAAAUUACAUCAUAUUAGUUAGUAAAUUGCGAACAAGCCUUUUACAUCGUGGAAGUACUUUUAAGGUAAAGUUACACCGUCAUGUAACCUGUCUGACUUUGGCGGAUUUUUGGCGGUUUUGUCACUGAUGCCAUGAAGGAAGCAAUGAAAAAAGGUCUUUUGCAGCCUUUGGGUCCAGACUCAGGUUCGGUGUGUUCUCCGUCUGUCCUGAGGUAAAAUGAGGAACCUGAAGCUGCUGAAGAGCCUGCGCAGCUCUGAGCUGCAGGGUCCGGGCUCCCCGCAGUUUUUCUCCGUGCGGGCCGACACCGGCUCGCUGCUGGUUGCCUCUCAGUACUCCAUCACAGAGUAUGAGCCCCGAACUGGCCAGGUGGUCAGUGAAGCCUCGUUGACAGCGGACGGUUUCCUCCCGGAGGAUGGCAGUGGCGUGGUGGUCGGACUGCAGGACCUGGCUGAACUCGAGUCGGCGUGUUUGGCCACAGCCGGUGGCGAUGUCGUCCUCUUCAACCUCAACACGUGCCAGUUGGAGUGUGUUGGCAGUGUGGACAGAGGUCUGACGUCGAUGAGUUGGAGUCCUGAUGAAGAGCUUGUUGUUCUCACUACUGGUCAGGAAACGAUCAUCAUGAUGACCAAAGACUUUGAGCCGAUCACUGAGGUCGGAAUCCACCAGGACGACUUUGGGGAAGGAAAGUUCAUCACAGUGGGUUGGGGGAAGAAGGAGACUCAGUUCCACGGCUCAGAGGGGAAACAGGCAGCCCAGAGGAAGCUCCAGGAGGUGCAGCCAGCCACUGGGUGGGACGACUGCAGGCCGCGGGUGACGUGGCGAGGUGACGGGCAACUGUUUGCCGUCAGUGCCAUCUGUCCUCAGACCGGAGCCAGGAAGGUGCGGGUGUGGAACAGAGAGGGUGUCCUGCAGGCCACCAGCGAGCCAGCAAACGGCCUGGAGCAGGCGCUCUGCUGGAAACCCUCCGGCAGCCUGAUAGCCAGCACUCAACGCCAUCCCAACAAACACAGCGUGGUGUUCAUGGAGAAGAAUGGACUGCUGCACGGAGACUUCACCCUGCCCUUCAGCAAGGACCAGGCCAAGGUGAAGGAGCUUCUGUGGAACAGUGACUCCACUGUUUUAGCUGUCUGGUUGGAAGACAUGACCGCUGGACAGGAUGGACGGGUCAACACUUACAUCCAGCUGUGGACAGUAGGGAACUACCACUGGUAUCUGAAACAGAGCCUGGACUUUGGCAGGGACCCUCAGAGGGCUCCGGUCUGCGUCUGCUGGGACCCUGAGCGUCCCCUGAGGCUCCACCUGGUGACGCGCAGCUGGACCGGCAUCACUUACGACUGGGGCUGGACGACGGAGCGGAGCCCCGGGCUGGACGCCACUGACCACGCCAGCGUGGCUGUGAUCGAUGGAGAUAAAAUCCUGGUGACAACCUUCAGGCAGUGUGUUGUGCCUCCUCCCAUGUGUUCAUUCGAGCUCCAGCUGAAAUCACCAGUCAACCAGGUGACCUUCCUCUGCCAACCUCAGAAGACCAAUCACCUGGCGGCACUCACCGCUAACGGACAGAUCUCAGUCUACAGCCAAGAUUCAGGAGAACAGGCUGACAAAACAGCUGAUGGGUUCAGGAUUGUGUCUCGUCCCCUGGUCCUCCAGAAAACUUUCAGCGUAGCGGCUCUCCGGGACGACCCUCUGGCCCUGCGGCAGCUGCUGUGGCUGGAGGAUGAGCUGUUUGUGGGCGUCAGCUCCGGCCCGCUGCCGACCUCCUCCACCCUGCAGAUGCUCCGCCCUGCGCAGGACGCCAGUGACGCACUCAGUGUCAGGUCUGAGAUAGAGGUGGACGGUGUUGUGGUCAGCAUGGUUCACUGUUCACGGAGUGGCACCGUGGCCCUUCAGCUGGAGGACGGACAGAUCAGGAAAGUGCUCUGGGAUCGUCCCGAACCAUCAGUGGAGCGUUGGCGUGACUCCAGUGGAUGCAGCGUCAGCUUCCCUGUUCCCUGCGUUCAGACGGCCCUCUGCAGCAUCAGCGGGGAGGAAUAUCUACUCGGCCUGACGGACAGAUCCCACCUGUACGCUGGAGACAAAGAGCUGGCCUCCAAUGUUUCUUCGCUCGCCGUUUGCAACGACUUCCUCCUCAUCACCACGCACUCCCACACCUGCCGCUGCCUCCAACUGAGCGCUCUCAGUGUCAAAGGGCUGCAGGCGGCCUUGGCCUCAGACAGAGGCCAGAACGACGAGACGCUGCGUCGGGUAGAGAGAGGAUCCAGGAUCGUCACUGUGGUGCCUCAAGACACCCAAGUGAUUCUACAGAUGCCUCGUGGGAACCUGGAGACCAUACAUCAUCGAGCGCUGGUGUUGGCUCAGCUCAGGAAGUGGUUGGACAGUUUGAGGUUCAGAGAAGCCUUUGAGUGUAUGAGGAAGCUGAGGAUCAACCUGAACCUCAUUUACGACCACAACCCAAAGGUUUUCCUGGAGAACAUAGAGACCUUCAUCACACAACUGGACGCCGUCAACCACAUCAACCUCUUCCUUACUGAGCUCAAGGAGGAGGACACAACCAGCAGCAUGUACCCCCCUCCUGAGAGCAGCCCAGUCCAGCCCCAGUCUGCCUCUGGCCAGAAGAAGGUGGAUGUGGUUUGCGAUGCUUUACGGCACGCCAUGGAAUCGAUGGAUCCAAACAAGUUCUGUCUGUCGAUACUCACGGCUCAUGUGAAGAAGACGGUUCCAGAGCUGGAAGUCGCUCUGCAGAAAGUCCACGAGCUUCGAGAGAACCCUCCUGCAGCUGCGGGCGCUGUGAGCGCCGAAGAGGCGUUGAAGUACCUCCUCUUCCUCGUCAACGUCAACGACCUGUAUGAACACUCUCUGGGAACGUACGACUUCGACCUCGUGCUCAUGGUGGCCGAGAAAUCCCAGAAGGACCCCAAAGAGUACCUUCCCUUCUUAAACAUGCUGAAGGGUCUGGAGCCAAACUACCAACGCUACACCAUCGACAAACACCUGAAGCGCUACAGGAAGGCCCUGCUGCACCUCAGCAAGUGCGGACAGGACCAUUUCCCUGAAGCUCUGCAGCUGGUCAAGGAGCACAAACUCUACAGUGAAGCUCUGAGACUGUACACAGCAACCAGCGCUCAGUACAUGGCUCUGAGCUGCGCCUACGCCGAACACCUGGUGGAGCAGCAGCAGGCGGAGCAGGCCGGCCUGUUGCUAUGGCGAUGCGGAGAGUCAGUCAGCGCCCUGCAGGCGUUCGCCAGCAGCUCCAGUUGGAGAAACGCCAUCUGCGUGGCGCAGCAGAUCCCGCUGCCACCUGACCAGUUAGCUCUGCUGGCCAGGGACCUGGCAGAGAAGCUGACUGAGCAGCGGCGGUACUCAGAAGCUGCCCUGCUGUUGGACCAGUACGCCAAAGACUGUGAGGAAGCCAUCUUGGCUCUGAUCACAGGUGCAGUCUGGGAGGAGGCGCUUCGAUUGAUUUACAUGCACAACAGGCAAGACAUCACUGAAACCAACCUGAAACCUGCUCUAUUAGAAGCUGUCGGCACCCAGACUGUUUUCCUGGAGGCUCAGGUCGCGACGUUCACGCGGCACAGGACCCGGCUGGCUGUGGUUCGAGCGCAGAAAGAGAAGGCCAGACUGGACAUGCUGGAUGAGGACGGUCCCGACUGUCCUGAUGCUGAGCUUUACUCUGAAGCCAGCAGUGUGAUGACCGGCUCCAAAUACUCCCAGAGUAACUCCCGCAUCUCCUCGAGAUCAUCCAAGAACCGGCGGAAGGCAGAGCGGAAGAAGCUCAGUCUGAAGGAGGGAAGCCCGAUGGAGGACAGAGCGCUCGUGUACGCCCUGGGUGAGAUCAUCACCGCUGUGGACAAGAUGAGAGAGGAAGUGCACGGCCUGCUGAAAGCCCUGGUGCUGUUCCAGUUCGACAGACAGGCAGAGAAGCUGCAGCUGGCCUACGAGGAGGCUCUGCAGAUGAUGGAGACAGCAGUGCCUGAGGUGUGGCCAGAAGGCCUCCUAAGCAACCAAGCCCCGCUGACUGGGCCAAACUCAACAGCAAACAGCAUCAUGGCUUCUUUCCAGCAGCAGCAGCAGCAGAGACCUGCAGCUUCACCACAAGAAGCUGAGGUCCCGACACCGCCAAAGAUGAGAAACAGUGUCAAGUGGAAGCUCAUUAUCCUCAACGGCAGCACGCCUCCGGUUGAUGGCCUUGGUGGUGACACGGAGCUUACGUAGCCGUAGCUGGCGGAGCCUGAGC